UUUUCGUAAUGACAGGCAAGUGAUGGGAUGAUUGCGUUUGGAAUUUUAACACUGAUCCCGGAAAAGAAAUGUGGAAGUGCCAUAAAUGUGGGAAGCCUGUUUAUUUUGCGGAGCGGAAGCAGUCCCUGGGGUACGACUGGCACCCCGAGUGCCUGCGCUGCGAGGAGUGCGGCAAGCGUCUCAACCCGGGCCAGCACGCCGAGCACAAAGGGGUGCCCUACUGCCACGUGCCGUGCUAUGGCGCGCUGUUCGGGCCGCAGCUGUUCGGGCAUGGCACGCGAGUCGAGUCCCACACCAGCUUCGGCAAGGUGGAGAACCGAUGCGUCGGCCCCAACAUGCCCAGAUCCCAUCUUGAAUCAAAGUUGAAGAUUUUUAAUCAGUUCUAUGAUGGAAGAAGUGGAGAAAUUAGGAGCAGAGAGGUGAACGGGCGCCUCGUGCUGGAAGGCGCGCUGCGCAUCCACUGGGGCGUGCUGGGGAUGAUCCACCUGAAGGAGGACGACGACCAGCGCACCGUGGUCACCGUGAGGAAGCGCAACUCCUGCCGGAGCGGCUUCUUCAACGGCCUGGACCUGGAGGUGAUGGACGGCGUGACGAGCAGCAGCAGCACCACAGACACGGGCUUCGCCUCGGGAGCUUCGUCGCCGUCGCGCGGCGAGGAGCAGGCCCCCGCGCCCCCGCAGGCCCCCGCGCCCAAGUGCCUCACGCUCCCGUCCAAGCUCGACGUCCGGCAGAUCGACUGGGACGAGCUGGACGACCUGCUGCAGGUGGAGCGCAAGGUGGAGGACGGAGACAAGCUGUACCAGACCAUGCCGGUCGGCCUGGCCAGCGCCUCCUCCCGGGCCAGCAGCGAGGACAGCCCCUUGCUGCAGUCGAGCUGCGACGACGGCUGCCGGGAGUGCUGGCGCCAGGGGUCGCCCGUGCUGAGCCGCUCUCUGAGCGGGCCCGGGUGUCUGGAGGCUCCCCCCCGGGACCCGGACGACGUGUACUCCAGCCUGGACGAGCUGUCGGACGAGGCGGAGCGAAUCGGCCGGGAGGAGGGCGUGGUGGUGAGGCGGGCCGCCAAGACGGGCUCGGCCGCCAUCAGGCGCCGCCCGGGCGGGCGCCGGCGCUCCCGCACCAAGCUGCGGCGACGCUGCUCCAUCAACGGCCACUUCUACGACCGCGAGACCAGCUUCUUCACGCCGCCCCACGGCAGCCAGAUGAGCGUGUGGGUCACCUCCCUGGUCAGCACGCCCGAGGUCAUCAACCUGCUGCUGGAGAAGUACAAGGUGGACAGCAAGCCCAGCAACUUCGCGCUGUUCAUCAUGCGCGACAACGGAGAGCAGCGCAGGCUGCGUGACGAUGAGUACCCGCUGGUGGUGCGUGUGAUGCUGGGGCCCCACGAGGACGUGGCACGGCUGUUCCUGAUGGACCGGCGCAGCACGGAGGAGAUCAGCAGCGAGGUGGCCCAGUUCCUGAACCUGAGCCUGCCUGAGUGCCGCGCCAUCCUGGACCGCUACGACGACGAGGAGCAGCGCGAGGUGUGCCAGGUGCUGACCAAGUUCCGGGAGAUGCGAAAGCGCAUCAAGCAGCGCAUGGAUGAGCUGAAAGUGCGGUUAUGAUGCUCAAGCCGUGCCGAACCACCCUACCUUGUUAUUGUCGUGAGAGCGACGCUGUUGUCUGUUGUUCGCCGGAAUCAAAACAAAAUGACGAAAGUUGUUUAGUUGCGUGGAACCUCUCCCACUGUCACUAGUUGUAGAGGCGAUCACCAUGUUCACCUGAAUCCAAUGCUCCGUGAAUGAGGUAAAUACUGAAGUGGGUAUGCGCAAAAUGAGCAAGUGACAGAUCAAGAAUGCCUUCAAGUGAACAGGUGGUAGCUUGAUUUGAGAUCAGUUGCCACCCAGAUAAACGGUUUGUGUGUGGUUUAUUGUUCUAAUACGUACAGGAAGUACUAAUACGUACAGGAAGUACGUAUGUUUUUUCAGCUGUGCAGUAAUGAAAGGAAUCACCUCAAAACCUUCCCUGUUACAUAACAAU